CUAGCGGACACAGUCACUGCCAGUUGAAAUGGCACAGUCAGGAGUUCAGCUGGACCGAGAAACCUUCUCUUGUCCGAUCUGUCUGGAUCUACUGAAGGAUCCGGUGACUAUUCCCUGUGGACACAGCUACUGCAUGAACUGUAUUAAACGCCACUGGGAUGAAGAGAAUGGGAAGAAAAUCCACAGCUGCCCUCAGUGUAGGAAGACCUUCACACCGAGGCCUGUCCUGCUGAAAAACAGAAAGUUAACCAUUGUAGCGAAGGAACUGAAGAAGACUGGACUCCAAGCUGCUCCUGCUGAUCACUGCUAUGCUGGAGCUGAAGAUGUGGCCUGUGAUGUCUGCACUGGGAGAAAACUGAAAGCCCUCAAGUCCUGUCUGGUGUGUCUGGUCUCUUACUGUGAUCAACACCUUCAGCUUCAUAAUUAUGACUCCUCUGCGUUUGAGAAACACAAGCUGGUGGAGCCCUCCAAGAAUCUCCAAAAUAACUUCUGUUCUUGUCAUGAUGAGGUGAUGAAGAUGUUUUGCCGAACUGAUCAGCACUGUAUCUGUUAUCUCUGCUCUGUGCAUGAACAUAAAGGCCACGACACAGUCUCAGCUGCAGCAGAAAGGACUGAGAGGCAGAAAGAGCUCGAGGGGAGUCAACAAAACAUCCAUCAGAGAAUCCAGGACAGAGAGAAAGAUGUGAAGCUGCUUCAACAGGAGGUGGAGGCUAUCAAUCGCUCUGCUGAUAAAGCAGUGAAGGACAGUGGGAAAAUCUUCACUGAGCUGAUCCGUCUCAUGGAGAAAAGACGCUCUGAUGUGAAGCAGAAGGUCAAAUUCCAGCAGAAAAGUGAAGUGAGUCGAGUCAAAGAGCUUCAGGAGAAGCUGGAGCAGGAGAUCACUGAGCUGAAGAGGAAAGACGCUGAGGUGAAGAAGCUCUCACACACAGAGGAUCACACCCAGUUUCUACACAACUACUCCUCACUGUCAAUACUCAGUAAAUCUACAGACUCACCCAGUAAAGAUCUCCGGCCUCUGCGCUACUUUGAGGAUGUGACAGCGGCUGUGUCAGAAUUCAGAGAUAACCUACAAGACAUUCUGGGAGAAAAAUGGACAAACAUCUCAUCAGUGGAUGAUUUACUGCCACAACGAGAGCCCAAGACCAGAGCUGACUUCCUAAAAUAUUCAUGUGAAAUCACACUGGAUCCAAAUACAGUGAACAGGCAUCUGUUAUUAUCUCAGGGGAACCGAAAAGCCACAUUACUCAUAGAAGAACAGUCUUAUUCUCGUCACCCAGACAGAUUCACUGAUUGUCGACAGGUCCUGAGUGGAGAGAGUCUGACUGGACGUUGUUACUGGGAGGUGGAGUGGACAGAAAGAGGAGUUCAUGUAGCAGUCGCAUACAAGAACAUCAGCAGAGAAGGGAGCUCGGGUCAAUGUGGAUUUGGAUUGAAUGACAAGUCUUGGGCGUUAGAUUGUAACAGAAAAAGUUUUUUGUACAACAAAGUCCAAACUCCCGUCUCAGUUCCUCUGACCGCAAGAGUAGGAGUGUACCUGGAUCACAGCGCAGGUCUUCUGUCCUACUACAGCGUUUCUGAAACCAUGACUCUCCUCCACAGAGUCCAGACCACAUUCACUCAGCCGCUCUAUGCUGGACUUUGGUUUUUAUCUUGUGGCACCACUGCUAAGUUCUGUAAACUCAAAUAG